AUGAGCGGCGACUCGCUCUCUUCAUUCUUCUUUUUUAGGAAUAUCUACUACCCUGUCGAGGGCCUCACCAGAGGUGUCGAGCUCUUUAUUCGGGCCGACAUCGCCGUUCUCAGUCUUUCCAUGGUCAUCUGGGGCGCUGUAUCAAUUUUCGACCUCUACCGAACGGGUCUCAGCAAUUUUGAGCCUGUCCAAGGAGUUGCAUGGUUUUUGGUCGGCAGCGUUGUCGUUGGUCCUGGGGCUGCGUUGCAUGGCUUGUGGACAUGGCGGGAGCACCUGAUGGCAAAGAAGACGUUCGGCCACGUCAGUAAGGCCUAA